AUGGGACAUCAAUAUUUCAAUGUGCCGAUUUUCUUCAUCGUCUUCCGUGAGACCAUUGAAGCGGCCAUUAUCGUCUCUGUGCUGCUUUCCUUUGUGGAACAACUGAUGUUGACCGGAAAGCUCGGAUCAAGUGAAACUUCCAUCGACAACGCCGAUAAUUCCCAGGGACAAGAACAAGAGAAUGCCCAUAGUGGAGAUGAUCAUCUGGAAAGAAGAAGAAAGUUGAUCAGAAGGAUGAGAAUCCAAAUUUGGGCAGGCACAAUCGUCGGAUUCUUGUUGGCUUUGGCUAUUGGUGCUGCUUUCAUCGCUGUUUUCUACACCAAACUAGACGAUCUAUGGGCUAAGACCGAGCAGAUCUGGGAAGGUGUCUUCUCCAUCAUCGCAUCCAUUAUCAUCUAUAUUAUGGGUGUAGCCUUCUUGAAAAUGGACAAAUCAAGGAUCAAGUGGAGACUCAAAUUGGCCAAAGCUUUCGAUGCCUCUCAAAAUAAGUUGCAACAAGCUUCCGAGAAAGAGUCCGAGUUGGACAGGAGGGAAGCGAGAAGUGGAAAGUGGGCACUGUUCAUCUUGCCUUUCAUCACUGUGUUGAGAGAGGGUUUAGAAGCCGUUGUAUUCGUCGGAGGAGUGUCCCUCGACGUUGAAGCGGUUUCGAUUCCUAUUGCUGUAAUAGUCGGUAUCAUCGCCGGUUUGGUCUUUGGUUACGCAAUCUACCGAACCGGUUCGACCGCUACUUUACAUUGGUUCCUCGUCGGAUCAACCUCCUUCCUAUUCCUCAUCGGUGCAGGUCUGUUCUCAAAAGGAAUCGGAUACUUCCAAUACUACCGAUUCGCUCAAGGUGUCGGAGGAGAUGUAGCUGAGACCGGAGACGGACCAGGUAGUUUCCAAGUCGCUGGAAAUGUAUGGCACUUGACAUAUGGUAAUCCCGAGACUGGUUCACCUACUACAAAUGGAGGUUGGCAAAUAUUUAAUGCGAUUUUCGGAUGGAAUAACACAGCUACGCUCGGUUCGAUCCUCGGAUACGUCUUCUACUGGAUUCUCAUCAUGGUCACCUUGGUCUACCUCAGAUGGAAAGAGGGUCGAUUCACCUUGGUUUACCCUUCGUACCAAGGGGGUUCUCUAGUAUGGCAGAGGAAGGAAUCCGAAGCGCUUCAAAGAAGAAAGGCUGGAAAAGGUCUAGGUAGACGGGUUUCACAUGGGUCUGGAUCGGGAUCAGACGAAAAGCACCCUAAGUCUGAACCAGAGACCCCAGGAUUGAAUGUGCCCACCUUAGGAGCCGGCGGUAGUGCGCAAUAG